AUGCUCAGCCUUUCUCUCCCAAUCGUCCUUUUUGCCCUGGCGGGUACCGCUGUUUCCCAACAGGUGGAUGGGGCUCAAUUUAACAACCCAACCGCUGGACCUCCUGCCAGUUAUUUUGCUGCGGCAAGCACGAUUCCCGUCGCUGCCCUUCAGAGUGCGGCGGCCAGGGCUAGCACAGCUGCCGCAAAAUCCACUUACGCCAUCAACAACAAUGGUGGUGCUGAAAAGGUCACUAUUCAUAGUGACUGGUCUAAGUUCUCCGAGGGCGCGGCCUUUGUCUUCGUCGCCGAUAUGGAUGUGGACUGUGAUGGCUUGAAUUACAACUGCAAGGGUAAUCCCGAUGGACAAGACCAGACGAACUUUGGUGCUCUGUCGGCAUAUGAGGUACCAUUUAUCGUGAUUCCUGACAAUUUCGCCACUGUUUACUCCAGUGAAUUCCCUGGGAAUAACCUCGCUGCUGUCAUCUGCGAUGGCAAGAUGUUCUAUGGUAUUUACGGUGAUAGCAAUGGAGAUACUCCAGAGGUCAUCGGAGAGGCAUCUUGGUUGAUGGCGCGGACCUGCUUCCCGAAUGACAACUUGAAUGGAAACGAUGGCCACGGUUCUGCCGAUGUGACGUACAUUGUUUUCACGGGAUCGGAAGCCGUACUUCCCAGCAGUGCUUUGAACAAGAACUAUGUCACCAAUUUCAGCACUCUGCGCUCCAUGGGCGACAGCCUGGUGAACUCUCUAGCAAAGAACCUAGGCCUGGUUGCCGGGGGAUCACCAACUACCUUUACCACCACUGCAGUUGCCUCUUUACCGACUAGUGGCUCUUGCUCAUGGUCUGGACAUUGCGCCGGUGCUUCUUGCUCUAGCGAGGAUGAUUGCUCCGAUGAUCUUGUCUGCAAGUCUGGAAAGUGUGCUAGCUCGACUUCUUGCUCUUGGUCUGGACAUUGUGCUGGUGCUUCUUGCUCUAGUGGUGACGAUUGCUCUGAUGAUCUUAUCUGCAAGUCCGGCAAAUGUGCCAAUCCUUGA